AUGAAAGUGCAAAAUUGUCUAUCCGUGGAACGAGACAAAACGCCCCCGCCACAAGUGCCUCCUAGCAUUUCUCGUUCGUCCGAAACCUAUCUCAUACGGACGCUACUCACGCGGCCACCUACGGCAGGAUAUGUCCCAAUAGUGUGCGCGGGCUCUCACUGGUGUGAUCGAUCGGCUCUCGAGAACGUCGUCGUCUUCGGCGACUCGUACAGUAAAUCGGAUGAUGGAAGAACAUGGGUCGGCCAUCUGGGGAAGCGACUUCAGAGACGAGACGCACCGAUCAGGAUACACAACUUCGCUUUUCCUGGCGCGACCGCUGAGUAUGACUUCUCAACCCAAUUUUCAAGCUUCUUCGACCUCUGUCCACCGAAGAAAGAUAUUUACAGUGGGAUACCUACACUUGAUCCGGAGAAGACCGUAUAUUUCCUGUUCUUAGGUAUUAAUGACUGCGGAAAUUCCGAACCCGAUGAUCUGGAGUCCAUUGUGGAGACGCUAUUCGACGGCGUUCACGAUCUAUACAUCAAAGCCAGGGCUCGGAACUUUGUCUUCAUCGACGUCCCACCUACUGAUCGUUCGCCGCAAGCGAUUGACUGUGAGACCUCAGACGAGGCAGAAGAACGUGUCAGGACGUGGAAUGAUGCGCUGCUGGCACAGACAACCGAGUUUGGGACUAGCACCGAGCAGGCGACAACACUCCUGUUCUCGUCACAUCGAGUGCUGACUGAGGUGCUGGACGACCCGUGCGAGUUCGACUUCACCGAAGACGACGCGACGGCCGAGGGUGGUGGGAUCUGGACGGACGGAUUGCACCUCUCAACGCAUGUACAUGAUAUUCUUGCGGAGCGACUGAUGGCAUCCGUAUUCCCGCCAUAG